UACAAAUAUAAAUAAGACCCCAUUUUCAAUUGAAGAUAUUUUAUGUCGUAAAAAAAAUAAUGAUAAUAAAAAUAAUAAUAAUAACAAUAAUAAUAAUUUAGAUGAUAUUAAUUUAUUUAAUAUAAAUAAUAAUAAUAAUAAUCAAGAAAUAAAUGAAAAAUUUGAUGAUCCUAUUUUACUUAAAAAAGGAUCAAAUACAUCAUCACAAAAUUCAUAUAUUACGAGUAAUAACGAUAAAAAAGGAAUAUGUUCAAAAAGUGAUGAUAUUAUACAGAGGAUAGCAAUUGAUAAUAGAUUAAGAUCACCAAAUCCCAUGCACGUUAGCGCUAAUAAUCUUACAGCAAAUCAAGAAGAUGGUUACAGAAAUACACAUCCGGCAGGAUGUAUGUUAUAUCCAAAUUCACAUUUUGCCGAACAAGGUUUCCUACAAAUGACAUUAGGAUAUUUGGGCCCCUCAUCAGGGGCUUUCAAAACUAUUGAUCCAUAUUUUUUACAUCAAGGUCUAUUUUCAACUGGAUGUAUACCAGAUAUUGCUUUAGGUAUUGGUAUGAAUGCAAAUAGUUUAAAGCAUUGUAGAAGACGAAAAGCAAGAACUGUUUUUAGUGAUCCACAAUUAACAGGUUUAGAAAAAAGAUUUGAGGCUCAAAGAUAUUUAUCAACUCCUGAAAGAGUCGAAUUAGCUACAGCAUUAGGAUUAAGUGAAACUCAAGUAAAAACAUGGUUUCAAAAUAGAAGAAUGAAGCAUAAAAAACAAUUGAGAAGAAAGGAUACAACAAAUGAACCAGUAGAUUUUUCAAAAAAUGAUGAACAUAAAAUUAUACAAUUUCCAAAAUCAUCAGAAUCUCAACAAUUACAUGAAUCAUCUGACAAUUCUUUAUUAUUACAUGGAAGAGGAGGUGGUGGAAAUGGUGGAAUUGAUAAAAUUGAAUUAAAUAAACAAAAUGAUAGCUCAUUACAAAAAUUUAUAACAUCAAAUAGCUAUCAUCAUCAUGCAAUUAAUACACGCCGAAAAGAUUUAUCAUCUUGUGAACCAUUGAGUAGUGAUGAAAAUGAUUUUGAUGAUGAUGAUGAUGAAAGUGAUGUUGAUAUUGUUGGAGACUGCAAAGAGUAUUAAAAAAAUAAAAAUUACGAUAUACGAUAUCGUAUAUAUCGUAUACAUAAAUAUAUCGUAAAUUCAUUUAUUAUGUUUUUAAAUACAUACACACAAGUUACUGGAUUAAUGAAGAAUUCUUUAAUAUAAAU